AUGGAAAAAAAUAAUGCUAAAGAUCUACAAGCAGUGGACAAAGCAACAUAUGAAUUACAAGAAAAAGUUAUUGCUGUCAUAUGGGAUUGGAUAUCAGUUCAAGUACCACUUGAUAAAAUUAGCUUAUUUAUUAGUAAAAUUCGUUCUACUGUUGUAGAAAAUUUGGAUGAAUAUUAUCCACGUGAAUGUGCUUUUGUGGUUUAUUGUGAUGCUCGUUUUACGCCACCUGUUAUAACUCGUGAACUGGCAAAAUCAACGAAUGUGGACAUAAAUCACAUCGAAUCAAAUGAAUCGUCCUGGGCUAUUUGUAAAAAAUUACAUCGUUUUCACAGUGAUUACGAUCCUGGUAUAAUUGCGCUUAUCUCUGGUGCAUCAGCAGCUUAUGGUCCAGUGCUUACAAAACUUAGCCGUUGCGGUUGGCAUAUUCAAUUAUUUCAUCCCGAGAAUACAUCUCGAGAAUAUGCACAUUAUGGUGAUCGCAACUGGUCAAUUGAGCGAUUACUUGAUGGCGAAAUUGAAAAUAUUAAUAUUAAUACAAAUUUCCCGCAUACGGUACACUUUUUGAUAACUGAAUUAUGCAAUAACGAUGAAUCACUUGGUUUUUUGACUAAUAUUACCGAGCAGUAUCAAACAAGAGUUAUCUAUUUUAAUGAAAAAGCUGCUGAAGCAAUUAUUGAAUUGAAAGCAUUUGAUAUUGAAGGUGCAGUAUCGUUACUUGAAGCACGUAUUCGGGCUUGUUCGCCGAAUAACGGCGUUCUAGUGGCUUCUACCACGGAUGCUUAUCGUUUGGAAAUUUUAACCAGUGCAUAUUUCCUUUCCAACAUCAAAAUUGCAAGACUAACCAAUGCACCCAAUGAACGGCCCAACAUACAGUAUCCGAACACUCCAACAGAUAUAGGAACACUGGAAGCAACAAUCGGUAAUAGCUUCAAUGCUGCAAUACCACAACCAGUAGCUGUACCGUAUUCAGUGAUGCUACCAUUAAAUUUUAUACAACAGUUGACUUUUCCAUUUCGCUUAGAUAUUACUUCUGCUGCUAUUGCACAUGUUGAUACGGCUGCAGCUGCAGCUUCAGCAGCUGCCACUACAAUAUUCAAUAUUGCAUCAUCAGCAACAGCAGCAGCAGCAAAUAUUACAACACAUACUGCAAUACCACAACAUACAACAUCAACUCCUGCUGCUACUACUGCUACUGCUACUGCUACAGCUACUUUCGAUCCAUAUGUAGCGGAACAAAUUGCUGCUACUACUACAACAUCACAACUUUUGCAAGAGCGACACGAACUGCAACAACAAGUUAUGCAACAGCUCAAAGUUAGUAAUUGCAAUAUGGAUGAUACGACAAUUGAUUAUGAACAGAAUAAGAAUAAAGAACUAGAGGAUGAUUCAAAAAGUCAUAAAGAGGUUAAAAUUGAAGUAUUUACUGAAGAUGAAGAUGACUAUGGUGUUGAAGAGGAUGCUGUUUGUGCAGUCAAUCAAAAUGAUAAUAGAAAUAGCUGGGAAAUGGAGUGUAACAAAAGUUUAAAUGAAAAUACGAAUAUGGCGAUGAAUCAUUCAUCAUAUGAUGGAGCAGCAAAUUACAAUAUAGCAGAAUAUGUAAAUGAAUAUCCACCAUUACCAAAUACGGAAUCCGGAAGUCCACUAUGUUAUUCAGCUGUUGUAAAGGGUAUUAAACCAUUGAACAACAAUAACAAUAAACCAUCAACUAAUCCUAUAAAAGAUUGUUCAAAUGUAGCAACACCACAACGACAUACAUCAAGUAUGACCUCAGUGUCAACCCAAAUGUCACAAUGGGAUCAAAUGGUAAUCGAACGUGGCGGCAAAUUUAAUAAGCCAGCACCGCAGUGCAUCCAUUGGAAUAACCCCAAGCAUCGCCUCGAUUUUCCAUGUCGUUUUUGGCAUCCACGUGAGCAGUGCCGCUAUUAUCCAAAUUGCUCAAAUACAGCCGAUGAAUGUGGUUUUGCUCAUCCAUUUUGUGGUGAUUUUUGUCGUUGUCCAAGAGGAAAACGAGAUCCACAAAAAAAUCAUCGUAUUCCAGAGGAAAGAUAUUUCGGUGGUGGCGAUCGAAUGAAAUACGCCACUGAGAGCGAUAUACAAUAA